AUGGCCGACGAAGUCAAGAUGGAAAAUACCCGUGAAGCAGACCCAGUGGUCGAUAUUGACAUGGAUGACGAUCCCGAUGUCAAGCGCAGAGGGAGAGGCUUCGAUCCUCGCGGCAACGGCCCCGCAUCCGAAGGUGUCAAGGCUGGUAGGUUCGAUGUCGUCGACGAGACAUCAGACAGCGGCGCCCGCGCAGUCAAAUCUGUGGAGGGAUGGGUAAUUGUUGUGACCAACGUGCACGAAGAAGCGACGGAGGAAGAUGUUAUGGAUAAGUUCCUAGACUAUGGCAACGUCAAGAGCUGCCACCUCAACUUAGAUCGACGAACAGGUUACGUUAAGGGAUACGCCCUCCUCGAAUUUGCAGAACAAGACGAAGCACAAGCUGCGAUACAGGCGUGCAGCGAGGGUCUUACUCUUCUCGAUGAAGAGCUCAAAGCAGACUUUGCGUUUGUCAAGCCACCUGCUGGAGCCUCAGCCGCACGAGGGACAGGAUCAAGGAGGACGAAUGCAAACCGAGACCGCAGCCGCAGUCCCGGCAGAUGA